CCCACCCCUCAAGCUAGGCUGAGCUGUGCCUACGUCGGCCUCGACUCCCGGGGGCUGGAGGAGUUACCUUUGGAGCCCGAAAGGAGGAAGGAAGCAAAAUAUCAACAACAGCCGAGGCAGCUCGGGCGCUCGGCCCCGGUUCCCCGCUUGCCCGCCGCCCGCCUGCCGGCCCCCGCGCCCACGACGGGGGCCCAGGCCCCACGGCGCCGCCCAGGGCCCGCGCGGACGCCGGCCUCAUUUAUUAUUCCCCCCGCCCGGAGCUGCGGCUUCCUGGUGUUGAAGAUCCCCUGGACCAGGGGCGAGGGCUACCCGCUCUUUGCCGUGACAACACCGUUCCCCCAGCCGGGCUGGAGGCUGUGCAGAAGGUAUCCUGCAGACCAUGAACUGAGCACUGUUCCCGGACUGUUCAUGAGCACAGUGUAAGGGGUGCCAAGAUCCACCACCCAGCGAGCCCCUCCCCUCCGUAGCACGACGACCCUCAGAGAAGAUGGGGAGGAAAAAGAUUCAGAUCCAGCGAAUCACCGACGAGCGGAACCGACAGGUGACUUUCACCAAGCGGAAGUUUGGCCUGAUGAAGAAGGCGUAUGAACUGAGCGUGCUAUGUGACUGCGAGAUCGCACUCAUCAUCUUCAACCACUCCAACAAGCUGUUCCAGUACGCUAGCACCGACAUGGACAAGGUGCUGCUCAAGUACACGGAGUACAAUGAGCCACACGAGAGCCGCACCAAUGCCGACAUCAUCGAGACCCUGAGGAAGAAGGGCUUCAACGGCUGCGACAGCCCCGAGCCCGACGGGGAGGACUCGCUGGAACAGAGCCCCCUGCUGGAGGACAAGUACCGGCGCGCCAGCGAGGAGCUGGACGGGCUCUUCCGGCGCUAUGGGUCAGCUGUCCCGGCCCCCAACUUUGCCAUGCCUGUCACGGUGCCCGUGUCCAAUCAGAGCUCACUGCAGUUCAGCAAUCCCAGCGGCUCCCUGGUCACCCCUUCCCUGGUGACGUCAUCCCUCACGGACCCGCGGCUCCUGUCCCCCCAGCAGCCAGCACUACAGAGGAACAGUGUGUCUCCUGGUCUGCCCCAGCGGCCAGCUAGUGCAGGGGCCAUGCUAGGGGGUGACCUGAACAGUGCUAACGGAGCCUGCCCCAGCCCUGUCGGAAAUGGCUACGUCAGUGCUCGGGCUUCCCCUGGCCUCCUCCCUGUGGCCAAUGGCAACAGCCUAAACAAGGUCAUCCCUGCCAAGUCUCCACCCCCACCCACCCACGGCACCCAGCUUGGAGCCCCCAGCCGCAAGCCCGACCUGCGAGUUAUCACUUCCCAGGCAGGAAAGGGGUUAAUGCAUCACUUGACUGAGGACCAUUUAGAUCUGAACAAUGCCCAGCGCCUUGGGGUCUCCCAGUCUACCCAUUCGCUCACCACCCCAGUGGUUUCUGUGGCAACGCCGAGUUUACUCAGCCAGGGCCUCCCCUUCUCUUCCAUGCCCACUGCCUACAACACAGGUUCAUCCUCACUUUUCCUCCAUGCAGAUUACCAGUUGACCAGUGCAGAGCUCUCCUCCUUACCAGCCUUCAGUUCGCCUGGGGGGCUGUCGCUAGGCAACGUCACCGCCUGGCAACAGCCACAGCAGCCCCAGCAGCCGCAGCAGCCACAGCCUCCACAGCAGCAGCCACCGCAGCCACAGCAGCCACAGCCACAGCAGCCUCAGCAGCCGCAACAGCCACCUCAGCAACAGUCUCACCUGGUCCCUGUAUCUCUCAGCAACCUCAUCCCGGGCAGCCCCCUGCCCCACGUGGGUGCUGCCCUCACAGUCACCACCCACCCCCACAUCAGCAUCAAGUCAGAACCGGUGUCCCCAAGCCGUGAGCGCAGCCCUGCGCCUCCCCCUCCAGCUGUGUUCCCAGCUGCCCGCCCUGAGCCUGGUGAUGGUCUCAGCAGCCCAGCCGGGGGAUCCUAUGAGACGGGGGACCGGGAUGACGGACGGGGGGACUUCGGGCCCACACUGGGCCUGCUGCGCCCAGCCCCAGAGCCUGAGGCUGAGGGCUCAGCUGUGAAGAGGAUGCGGCUCGAUACCUGGACAUUAAAGUGACGAUUCCCACUCCCCUCCUCUCAACCUCCCUGAUGAAGAGUUGACAAUCUCACCGCCCGCCCUUCCCUGCCCCGGGCUCCUCCCGCUCGACCCCCACUUCCUUUCUUGUGCUCCGUGUCCUGUUGACGGUUACAUUUGUGUAUAAUUAUUAUAUUAUUAUUAUUAUUAUUAUAUUUUUUUUAAUUUGGAUUCUCGCUUUGGAGAGGGGGAUGCUCUCAUCCCCUCUUUCUGUACCCCCCACCAUUUUCACUGGCUGGGGGGCUCUCUUUUUCGCGGGAAGGGGGGACACUUUGCACGUUGUACACAUAUGCUGCAGGAAGGGGGUGGGGGGCCCAGUAGGCCUUUGGGAAAGGACAGGUGCCGAGCCCUGCAUGUGGAGCCCUCCCACCCCACCCCCAGAUAGAGGGAAAUAACCAAAAAACUACCAAACAACAGAAACCCACACUCUAGACUGAAACCCCAAAGUGGGCUUGAUGGGUGGGUUUGUGUUUCAAGGGGAAAGUGAGGCAGAGGUUCUGAAAAGGGUCUCUGUUUUUGGGUUCAUGUAGCCAUAGGCACAUGGAGCAGAAGACCUAAGCCUGGCCCCCAAAUGCCCCUGCACACACACAUGCCACACCUGUGCUGAUUCUUGUGUGUGCUGCACCCCCAAGGUGUGUGGGUGCUGGCUGAGCUUUGGGCUGGGACGGCAGCCUGGGAAUCUGAGGCUAGGGACAGGGGUUUGAGGUGGGGGCCUCUCUGGAAGCACAUUUGGAGAGAAAGACAGAGAGCCAUGAGGAGAGGGCUGAGGAGGGCAGAAGGGCUAGGCAGGGGGCAAAUUGGGCCCCUCCCUUCCCCAGCUUUUCUCUAAGAUAUACAGUGCAAUAGCUCCCCACCCCUCAGUUGACACCAGCCCUGUAAAGCUGGCCACAAUGUGCAGGGAGAAUGGGGAGAGGGUCUUCAGUGAGGUGGCUGGGGCGAGAGUCGGCCUGGACUUCCCUGGGGUGCUCCAGGCCAGAGCUGUUUCAUCGGGGCGAGUGUGGUGAGGGGACGUCCUUGGCCUUGCACACACACUACCUGGGUGAGUGGGCACUGGGAUGGUCUGUGGGGUGGGAGGUCCUACGGAUGGGUCCGUAGAGGUCCCACCUCUCUCAUUCCUCCUUGGCCCCUCUCCCUAGCUUCUCCUGUUAGCUCCUUCUGCUCCUGACCCCGCCUCCUUGCUCUUGGCACCCCCAUUGUCUCUGGCUACCUCCUUGUCCCACCACCUCCAGGCCGCAUCCCACCUUCCCUCUUGGCUACUGUAAUUGUAAAUAGCGACCUUUGGAAAACGUUAGCGGUGUAACAGUCCAGGAAACUGUUUUUUGUUGUUGUUGUUGUAUUGAUAUGAAAUGAGAUUCUAUUUUUGUCAAAGUAUAUUGUAAUAAUAAUGACUCAAACGGCCCGUACUGUACAGAUGAGAUUCUUCUGCUGUUGUUCUUGCUCCCCUCCCCUCCUCUGAGUCCGCCCCUCUCUGCUGCCUCCUCAGCGGGGCAGUGGGCAAGGGGCCCAGGGGCAGCCGAAGUACGGGGUCCUGAGACCUCAGGCAGGAUCGGAGAUCAAACCAGAGUGGGCAGGCUCCCAGCCUGCUCUCUAGGGUCACCCCCCGCCCUAAGGGGCCUGGCCUGGGGUGACGUAUGCAGGCAGACUGUCUACCCCACUCCUUCACACAAGCCCAGCUCCUCUGCCCAAGGGGUGCGGUGCUCCCUUGGGGUUUCCUCCCAGUUGGAGAGUAGAGUUAGACAAGGCCCAGUUUUGUGUUAGCCGACCGUCUUUGCCCGCCUCUAUGACCCAGCCUCUUGCAGUAUUCCCAUAUUUGAUGCAGGGAAGGAACCAGAAGCAGAGGGGCCUCUGUGCAGGUACACACGUGUACCUGAGUGUGUUCAUGAGGGCAUCUGGUGUUUAUGUGUCUGAGUGUAACUUUGUAUUUAUGUGUGUGUGCGUGUGUGUGUCUGGUUGCACGGGUGUACCUUUGUAUUUAUGUGUGUGUGUGGUUGCAUGGGUGUGCCUCUGUGUGUCUCUGAGCCUGGCUGAGUGUGUAUGCAAAUCUAUGACUGGAGCUCUAGGAGCAUCUCUGAGUCUGAGUGUGCCUGGUGUGUGUUUACAAAGGGACAGUUGGCUGCUCCAGCUCCACAGCCCUGGGACCCCAACUCCCAUCUUCCCUGCUCAUUUCCCUGUGUUCACCCUCAGCUCUGACGCAUUGAACUGCAGUUGGGGGGAUGGGCAGUUAGCCCUCUGUGCUUCUCCCUGCAGCCCUACCUCUGCCAGGGCCUCUCCCUCCAGGGACCUCUGCUUCCACCCACAUUUGUCCACUUAGUUGCCCAUGCUUGACACACAGUUCCUGGAGUACCCUCUUUCUCCAACCCCAGACCUGCUUUCAGAGCAAAACUCAAGUCCCUCUUCCUCCGUGAAGCAAGCUUCUCCCUCAGCUGAGCAGUGAUCCGUUCUUACUCUUUUUUUUUUUUUUUUUGAGACGGAGUCUCGCUCUGUCCCCCAGGCUGGAGUGCAGUGGCGCGAUCUCAGCUAACUGCAAGCUCCGCCUCCUGGGUUCACGCUAUUCUCCUGCCUCAGCCUCCCGAGUAGCUGGGACUACAGGCGCCCGCCACCACGCCCGGCUAAAUUUUUUGUAUUUUUAGUAGAGACGGGGUUUCACUGUGUUAGCCAGGAUGGUCUCCAUCUCCUGACCUCGUGAUCUGCCCGCCUCGGCCUCCCAAAGCGCUGGGAUUACAGGCUUGAGCCACCGCGCCCGGCCCCGUUCUUACUCUUAACCCCAAUCCGCUGACUGGGUGGGGGCAGCACGUCCAGCCUUCCCACCUCCCCUGCAGGCUUCUAGAAGAAGUUUCAAAAACUGAUGAGCCUCGAUCCAGGGCUUGAAAGAAGCCAGGGUGUAAUCUUGUUCAUGCAUGCAUCCCCAGAGCCUCGCCCAGUGCCUGGCACAUAGUAGGCACUCAAUCAAUGCUGAAUGGGUGAAUGGUUGAAUGAUAGGUGCUGAAUAAAUGAAUGACUGGCCUUCCCUUCUCAGGCUAUUCCCACCAUUAGUCUGCCCACCUUUCUAGACUAGGCUUGGCCACCAUUAAACACGGGGUGGGGGUGAGGGCCCCUGCAGUUCACGGUGCAAUAUUCACCAGUUUUGCCCUCUGCCUCAUAAAGGCAAACCUGGCUUUUGAUUACCAUGUGUGGAUGUUUCUGUGUCCUUUCUUCUCUGUCCCUGGGGACAGGGUGGUCUGUGAAUAUGUGACAUUUCUGCAGUUCAGUAUCCGAAGGUUUCUCUUGGGGGUAGGGGCUCCUGGGCGGCCAGAUGAAUGGGUCCCUGGGAACCCAGACCUCAGAUGGGGACUUAAUGGCUUCUUCCUCUCAAGCCAAAUUCGCCUCCACCCACUCCCUCUGAAGAACUGGGCAUUUGCCAAAGUAACCACUGGAGUCAUCUAAUGGCCCUCCCCUCCCCAGGUUUCCCACAGCUUUCAGGGACAGUGGGCAAGAGGACCCCCCACCACCACCUCAAUGGAACACACCAUCCUCCCCUCUCAACAGCACGCUCGGUGCAGCGAGACUGACCCCUGACCCCCUCCCAACCCUCCCCACCUUGGACAGGAAGGAAGUAAUGCACCUUCUCUUGCUGAUUAUUUAUUUGUUUGGAGAGACAGAAAUGUAAAAGUGUAUCUAGAAAUAUCUAUAUCUCUAUAUAUUUUUAACUGACUCUUUGGAAUCCCCUGGGGUGGGGUGAGGGGUAAGUUUAGGCUUCGCGGAGGGGAGGAGACAUGGAGCCUGGGAACUCCUUGUUCUCCCCUCUGCUGCCUCUCUCCACCCCUUAAACCGGUUGGUAGAAGGAAUGGCAUUUGUAUGGGGGGAGGGAGGCUGGAAUGGAGACUCUGGAUUCUCUCCUCUUCCCCAUUCAAGUCCCAGAGGGAGGGAGGUGGUGAGGACGAGGAAGGGAGGGGCAGGACGGGCCAUGGAGGUGCCCCGCCCCCACACCUGACAAUCACCCACACUCCUGGGGCUCUUCCUGGCUCCUGGGGCAGGGCGAGUCCAAGUGUGAGGCUGUUGAUUUGUUUUCAAUAUUUCUUUUCGUGCUGUAUGGUGAUGCUUUCUUAGUAUUCUACACAAUAAGAAAAGACAAAAGUCCUCGAGAUUCUUAUGAGUUUUGUUUGAAAACUCUUUCACUAUAUUUGUUGUAAAGAGGUUUACUAUUAAAAGAAAAAGAAUACACGUUUCUGAUA